CUAUCUCUCGCUGUACCGAGUUGUUAUGUGACAGGAUCCCCGAAUCCAAGGGGCCAGUGAUAGGCGGACAGCAAUCCACCCAAACAGACCCGGUCAGUUACGCAGUGAGAUAAUGGUGAUCUCACCGCUGCGCCUGCACCACCGCCCACUUCAGACCGAACGUCAUUGACUUGCACAUCCAUGCAAACCAAGAUCAUCUUGCCCAGAGUACAAGAUCGCCAGCUCCCCCUGAGGUACUGUCAAGGGCGCUCCCUCAUUGCCAGCUUCACACCGUUCAUCUUUCGCACCACAGACAGUGAAGGAAAUUCAACGUUAUUCCUGAGAAGCUCAUCAGAUUCAACCCGUUCAAGUUCCUACCUUCAGCAUGGCCGACGAAGGAUAUAUCCCUCAGGAAGUCCCAGCGUCCGAGGACUACGCCGCCGAGCAAGAGAACGUGCUGCGCGGACACAAGGCCGCCAUCUCCAAUCCGCAGGUCUCGGAGCAGGCAAAGGAGCGCUCCAAGAAGGUGCUCGAGAGCAUGGACGAGCCGUACGACCCCUCGCAGGCCAGCCACGGCACCGCCGGCGAGCAGCAGCAGAAGGACCCCGGCAACGUCGCGCGCGGGCUCAAGGCCAGCAUCAGCAACCCCGGCGUGUCGGAGGAGGCGAAGCAGAAGGCCCGGGAGAAGCUUGGUGGGCUGGGCGGGGAGUGAGGGUCUCUCCGUCCGGGUUGGGCGGAGGGGAGAUUGUUGAUCAAGGGUGUCUGUUGGUGCCACUUAGGUAUGCUGGAGGAAUUCUGGCUGAAAACACGGUUGCUCAGUCACGGCAAGUGAAUGCCAGACCCAUCGGUUUCUAUACCUCGAGCUCUGAGGAUCGCGGUUGUUAAGAUGCCACGGAAUUACAUAGCACUCCGUUGUGAGACGCAGUCUCCUGUAGUGACUCCUGAAUGUGUUUUGA